AUGGCGGAGGGAGAGCGGGCGGAGAGUGGCGGCGGCCCCGGCCCCGGGCGACCCCCGAGCCCGGCCGAGCUGGAGCGGGCCGAGGCCCUCAAGACCCGCGCGAACGAGUUCUUCAAAGGGAAGGACUACGAGAACGCGGUGAAGUACUACAGCAGUGCCAUCGAGCUGAAUCCCACCAAUGCCAUCUACUACGGGAACCGGAGCUUGGCUUACCUGCGCACUGAGUGCUACGGCUACGCCCUUGCUGAUGCCACGCGCGCUGUUGAGCUUGACAAGAAGUAUGUCAAGGGCUACUACCGCCGCGCCGCCAGCAACAUGGCCCUGGGCAAGUUCAAGGCCGCCCUCCGCGACUAUGAGACGGUGGUGAAGGUGAGGCCCAAUGACAAGGACGCCAAGCUGAAGUACCAGGAGUGUCACAAGAUCGUCAAGCAGAAGGCCUUCGAGCGGGCGAUCGCCAGUGAUGAGCACAAGCGCUCUGUCGUCGACUCCCUUGACAUCGAGAGCAUGACCAUCGAGGAUGAGUACAGUGGCCCCAAGCUGGAUGGUGGCAAGGUGACGUUGGCUUUCAUGAAGGAGCUGAUGCAGUGGUACAAGGAGCAGAAGAAACUCCACAGAAAAUGUGCCUACCAGAUCCUGGUGCAGGUGAAGGAGGUGCUGGCUAAGCUCCCCACAUUAGUAGAAACGACGUUGAAGGAGACGGAGAAGGUGACGGUGUGCGGGGACACCCACGGGCAGUACUAUGACCUGCUGAACAUCUUCGAGCUCAACGGGCUGCCCUCUGAGUCGAACCCUUACAUAUUCAACGGGGACUUUGUGGACCGUGGGUCCUUCUCAGUCGAGGUCAUUCUCACACUCUUCGGCUUCAAGCUCCUCUACCCUGAUCACUUCCACCUGCUCCGAGGGAACCACGAGACGGACAACAUGAACCAGAUCUAUGGUUUCGAGGGGGAGGUGAAGGCCAAAUACACAGCGCAGAUGUUCGCCCUCUUCAGCGAGGUCUUUGAGUGGCUGCCGCUGGCCCAGUGCAUCAAUGGCAAAGUGCUGAUCAUGCAUGGGGGUCUCUUCAGCGAGGAUGGUGUCACCCUUGAUGACAUCCGGAAGAUCGAGAGGAACCGGCAGCCCCCGGACUCAGGUCCCAUGUGUGACCUGCUCUGGUCUGACCCGCAGCCCCAGAACGGCCGCUCUGUCAGCAAACGUGGGGUCAGCUGCCAGUUUGGGCCCGAUGUCACCAAGAGCUUCCUGGAGCGCAACCGCCUCGACUACAUCAUCCGCAGCCACGAGGUGAAGCCUGAGGGCUAUGAGGUGGCCCACGAUGGCAAAUGCGUCACUGUCUUCUCUGCCCCCAACUACUGCGACCAGAUGGGCAAUAAGGGCUCCUAUAUCCACCUGCGAGGCAGCGACCUGCGCCCCGACUUCCACCAGUUCACAGCAGUGGUGAGUCUGGGAGGGGACACUCCCCCCGCUCCUCCCCAAGCCUGGGGACCUCCCUACCCCCUCCCUGGGGACCAGUUGAAUCUGGGAUCCCCUCAAAAACCUGGGGACCCCCUGAACCUGCGAUCCCUGAAAGCUGUCCCCAGAGACCCCUGAAAUCCUCCCUAGGGACACCCCCAAAUCUGUGCCCUGCAAACUCUCUUUGGUG